AUGGGCACAGAGCGCGAGGAGAACGAGCAGACGAGCGGAGACGAUGAUGCCUCUCAACAGGACGCUGCCAGUAUUGCAGAUGUGUCUGUGGAGGUGGCCACAGUUGACCACACUCUGCACAAGCUCUGCAGGAUGUACAGGAAGACUAGACGGAAGCCCAAGGGGCUCAAAAGGCUGUGGGCCCACGUGUUGAACACUCCGCACCUUGCCAUCAUCAUCACAGCGGUGGUGUUUGUGGUGGUGGUCAUCAUGUGGUCUCUGCUGUGGGUCUUCAUAUUCCGCAGGGAAAGCAACAGUGGAGCGUAUUUUGCGGGGAUGUUCCGUGUUGCCAAUGUGGAGUUUAUCCCAGAGUACCGCCAGGAAGAGUCCCACGAGUUUGUAUCCAUGGCAAACAAAAUUCAACAUGUUGUGAGCAAUGUGUACAAGAUGUCCCCCGUGGCCAGACUCUACAAACAAGCUGUCAUUUCAGACCUCAGUAACAACAACAAGGGCGGUGUGCUGGUUCAUUUCUGGAUGGUGUUUGUGGUGCCUCGAAUAAAGAGCCCAGCAGUGUGUGAGGAGUGUGUAGGAGCUAUUUUAAGAGACUCGGUCCACACCAGCAUGAAGAACAGGUCCUCUGUGGGCUACCUGCUGGGUCUCCCAGUGGAUAUAGACUCCAUCCUCGUCAAUGCUGUUCAGAGAUCAGAUUUUACAUCAGGAGCAGGUUCACAGUGUGUAGAUAAGCUGUAUGCCAACCUUCUGGGGGCGAGGGUCCCUUUAAAUAUCUUCCCGUCAUGGGGCGGCGUGAGUUGCCACGUCAAACUCACCGCUGUGCCCGGCUCUCUGAUCCGACUGACCGUCACCUCGUUCCUCAUUGAGCCCAGCGACUGCGUGAGUGAUGCCCUGACCGUGUACGAUGCUCUGCUGCCCAUGAGAGGGCGUAUUCUGCACAGGCUGUGUGAACCAGUGUCCAGCUCCUUCUCCCUGGUGUCUACCUCUAAUGUCAUGUUGCUCACCUUCAGAAUGACUAAUGGCAACAAGAGCUUCAGAGGACACUUUGAAGCCAUUGCUGAGGAAAUGUGUAUGUCUCAAAUUGAGACCCAGUUAGACCCUGACGUCACUGGUCAGCUCUACAGCCCCUUCCACCCCAGCCUGCUGCCCCCAAGGUGCUCCUGCACCUGGAGGUUUGAGACCCCUAACAGUGCGUUGGGAGUUGCUCUGCAGUUUCAGAACUAUGUACUGAAACCAAAGGACACGAAGAGCUGUGACCACGGCUGGUGGAAGGUCAAUGAAAUCAUUUUCUGUGGCAGCUACGUUGGACACGACACAGUGUUUCGGAUCGCUGACCACAGCCCAGAGGUGGAGUUUCGCUGCAGCUCACGUAACUCUGCUCAGCCUUUUCAGGCGUCUCACAGCAGCUACAAUAUCAGCCAACCCUGUCCAGAGAGCCACUUCCUGUGCUCUACGGGACUGUGCGUGGAGAAGAGUCGACGCUGUGACGGCCUGGACGACUGCCAGGAUGAGAGCGACGAGGUCUUCUGCUCGAGGCCAACAAAGAACUGUGGUGGCAACAGUCCUCUGCAUCCUUUGUUUGUGUGCAAUGGAGAGACAGACUGCACCAAUGGAAUAGAUGAGAAUAACUGCACUCAGGAAACAACCUGCUCUGCAAUCAGGUAUAAGUGCAAGAGUGGCUCCUGCAUCCUGAAGAAGAACGCAAAGUGCGAUGGUGUUCAUGACUGUCAGGAUGGCAGUGAUGAGGCAGAAUGUGCCUGCGGUCGUCCCUCCUUGGUGAAGAAGGUGGAUUCGUCUGCAGGGCCUGAACGUGUCGUGGGUGGAGAUAACUCUGCGGAGGGGGAGUGGCCGUGGCAGGUCAGCCUCCACUUCUCUGGUAACCUGUACUGUGGCGCCUCUGUCCUCUCCUCUGAUUGGCUCAUCUCAGCAGCACACUGCUUCAGCAAGGAAAGGCUGUCCGACCCACGUUACUGGAGCGCCCACCUCGGCAUGCUGACACAGGGCAGUGCCAGGCACGUGGCGGACAUCCAGCGAAUCGUGGUGCACGAGUAUUACAACGCGUACACGUUCGACUACGACAUUGCCCUGCUGCAGCUGAAGAAGCCCUGGCCUCCCUCCCUCAGCCCGCUGGUCCAGCCUGUGUGCCUGCCAGCACCCUCACACACUGUCACCGACAGCCACCGCUGCUGGGUCACCGGGUGGGGAUACCGCUCCGAGGAGGUGCUGCAGAAAGCAGAGGUGUCCCUACUGAGCCAGACUGAGUGCAAGAAGAGCUACGGACCUGUCUCACCACGCAUGCUGUGCGCCGGGGUCCCCUCUGGAGAGCGGGAUGCCUGCAGGGGCGAUUCAGGGGGGCCUCUGUCCUGUCAGGCACCGGGAGGGGGUCGCUGGUUCCUGAUCGGCAUCGUCAGCUGGGGGGCGGGCUGUGGCAGACCAAACCUGCCUGGGGUCUACACCAGGGUCAACAAGUUCACCUCCUGGAUCUACAGCCAUAUCAGCUGACAUGAUAUCUUAUUCAUGUUUAAAUGUC